CAUUCAGCUCAGAACGUGUCCGUACAACUGUUCCUCGCUCUCCGCUGCUACUCUCGUUAACCUGGGGGUGAUAGGUCAUUCACCCUCGUUUUCGGUCCCUGUAUAAAGCCCUUUUUGGCGUGCUUUUUAGCACCGACAGGGGUUCUUGCUAAAAGGUGAAACACCGGAUAUCGAGGUCCAAGAGCGUCUGGAACACGAGCUCCAUCUCGUUGCCUUCGACUUCUCCGUGCAACGCAAACAACCAUACAACCAUACAACAUCCACCCGACUACUAUCUUUGACGUGACGAGCGAAGGAAACGGUCCUUUCAUUCUGGGGCGAGAGGCCUCUAUCGCCUAAUAUGCGGAACAGUCGCCACCUUCUCCUUCCCCUUGCACUCAGUGCGCUGCCGGCCAGCGUACUCGCUGCAGAUGUGCUUUCGACCGAUGGUUACUCGUUAUGUUCAACCUCCGACAGCGUCUCCGUCCAGGCUCUCGACGUUUCUUACGACAAAAAUACCAGAGAAAUCACUUUCGACGUUGCGGGCACGAGCACAAAAGAGCAAAAGGUGCUGCUGAACCUCGUGGUGACAGCAUAUGGGAGACAAGUGUACGAAAAGGAUUGGGACCCGUGUGGGUCGGAGCAACAUGUUGAGCAGCUGUGUCCGAUACCAGCAGGAUCUUUCGCCAGCAAAGGCUCGCAAAUCGUACCAGAGGAAUACGCCAGCCAAAUACCCGCCAUUGCUUUCAGCAUUCCCGACUUGGAUGGGCUAGUGAAGUUGCAGGUCAAGAGCGCGGACGGAGGGGCAGACAUUGCGUGUGUGCAGUCGACAGUGUCGAAUGGAAAGACUGUCAACCUGCCAGUCGUGGGCUAUGCCGCCGCUGGUGUGGCUGCGGCUGCGCUCGCGGCGAGUGCGGUGGGUGGUGCAGUUGCUGCUGUCGGUGGCGGAGCGGGUGCAUCUACACCAUCUCCUACCUUCGGUGAGGUCAUCGGAUGGUUUCAGGGUAUGGCGAUAAACGGCAUGCUUUCGGUACAGUACCCCAAGGUGUACCAAAGUUUCGCAUCAAACUUUGCCUUUUCCACCGGGCUAGUGCCCUGGGGCCAGAUGCAGACGGCCAUUGAUCAGUUCAGAGCCAAGACGGGAGGCAACAUCACGCACAACAACUACGAGUAUUUGAAGAACAAUGUCACGCUGGUCCACACGGACGACUCCGGAAACUCCAGCCUCACCAAGCGUGCCCUGGAUACACUCUUCCUGUGGGCGCGUGAUGGCACAACGACAUCCAUCAACGGAACCUCGACUGAUUUCAACGGGGGCAGCGGCAGUGCGACGAAUGAGUCGACCUCAGCAACAAACAAUAAAGAUCAAGAAUUUGUUUCCGGCAUCCAGGCCUAUGUGGAGCAGCUCAGCAUCCCGUCGUCCAACACUUUCAUGACUGUAUUGCUGGUGUGGGCUAUUGCGGUCGCAGCGAUUAUUGUCCUGAUCCUUCUGUUCAAGGCGAUCCUCGAAGGCUGGGCACAAUGUGGAAAGCUCAGUCCAUACUUCGAGUCCUGGCGCAAGCGAUACUGGUGGCGCAUGGCCAAGGCAAUUACCAACCUGGUCCUUCUGCUCUACGGAUCAUGGACACUGUACUGUGUCUAUCAGUUCACGAGUGGCGACUCAUGGGCUGCGAAGGUCCUGGCGGGCGUGACUUUUGCCCUGUUUACUGCGCUCCUGGCCUUCUUCGCUUUCAAGAUCUGGUCGAUCGCGCGUCAGGCCAAGAAGAUGGAAGGCGAUGCGUCGAAGCUCUAUGAGGACAAGGACCUCUGGAUCAAGUACUCGCUCUUCUACGACAAUUACAAGAAGGGAUACUGGUGGAUCUUUAUGCCGACGAUUGUGUACAUGUUUGCGCGUGGGUGUAUCAUUGCCGGCGCAAAUGGUCACGGCAUGAUCCAGGCCGCAGGGCAGCUGAUUGUCGAGGCCAUUAUGCUCAUCUUCUUGCUGUGGACAAGACCCUACCAGCGCACGAGCGGCAAGUGGAUCAACAUCAGCAUCCAAACAGUGCGCGUGUUGUCUGUGGUGUGUGUCUUGGUCUUCGUGCAAGAGCUCGGCCUCAGUCAGACCACCAAAACUGUGACGGGCGUCGUCCUGAUUGUAGUACAAUCCGUGAUGACAGGCAUUCUGGCGAUAUUGAUCGCCGUCAAUGCCAUCAUCACCUGCGUCAAAGAAAACCCGCACCGACGAGCCCGCAAAGAACGCGAAAAGAUGAACCGAGACCUCGACGCUCUCACCCCCCUCGACGCACGAAACAGCUUGCUCAUGACGGAUGUCAAGCACCCCUUCGUCGACGAAAACACAUCGUACAAAGCUGCGCCCAUCGUAUCUUCCUCGCCAUUCGCGCCUGCGAGAGGCCGCUACGAUCCCGUCGAGCGGCAGCGAGGGAGACCAGAAACCCCACCUGGCAUCUUCCACGAAGAUGAUCAUCUGAUUGCGAGAGCGGCGAGUAUGGGUGCCCAGGGCCAUUUCCGAGACCAGAGUCGUGGCUCUUCAGUAUCACGAGACCUGGACUUGGAGCGCGAACCACGUUUACCCGAUAUCCACUAUGGACGAGCAUCGUAACAGCGAUGAUGGGUUGCAUUGCAUUUCCGCAUGUUUUCUUUUGAUAUCUUGUGACACAUUUAGCGACCAAACGAACGACACCUUGAGCAGCUUUUUUUAUCAUCUUUUGGUUUCUUCUCUCUCUAUCUCUCUCAGUGGGGAUUCUGGUGUAAAAAAGCGCAUUUCACAUCGCAUCAUUCAUUGUAAACAGAAGAAGAAGAAGAAGAAACGGGAGUUUUGGGGACCGGACCGAAAACUUGUGAAACUUUUCCCGCAUAGUACUGACUUGUAACUUAACGGAUGUCGCAUGGGAAGGAAAGAGAGGGAGGGAGAGAGAGAAGAAGAAGAAGAGAGACAGACAGACACACAAUGAGACAUACUUCUUGUGCACCUAGAAGAAGAAGAAGAAGAAGAAGAAGAAGAAGAAGAAGAAGAAGAAGAAGAAGAAGAAGAAACCCAUCCCUCUUUAGGAGAGAGAGUAUGUGUACAGGUAACUUACCUUAGUAAUUAUAUCUUCCAGUCUUGCUUUGCUUGAUGGAAAUGAAUCAAACCAAAUC